UAAACUUUCGAACGCGUAGCGUGAGAAGUUUAUUUGGCUAACGAGGAAGGCGUUGCUAUAAAUGAUUUGUGACAUGAAUGACACGCCCAUGACAGUCCGUGAAAAACAAAUCACGUUUGGCGCGAAAAUCUAUCAAAGCGCAUGAUUCUGAAGGAAGCGAUGAUGGCAGACGCAUUCUCUCUACCCUUAGAGUCUCUACCAGAUUGGUUUGAAAUUGAAAAUGUAGAUACGGAUGAUUUGGUUCUCUCUCAGGUUCUUCAAGAAGUCGAGGAAGACAUGUCGUUAGCCAAUGCGUCGGAAACAAUAGAGGAGAAUAUUAGACUGUCGCAAAUUCAUUCAAAUAUGGAACCAUUUUAUAACAUGAGUGUAUCACAGGCUGUGGAUUACUACCACUUGGGAACAUUUGAGCUAGGAGAUUUCUUGCUAACCGACUUAAAAGAUGAGGAUGUCGAACCGGUGCGUUUUACCGCACCCGUUUUAGAUGAGGAUGUCGAACCGGUGCGUUUCACUGCACCAGUUUCAGAUGAGGAUAUAGAAAAGCUGAUAUCGUCUCAAACAAACGCGAACACGAAAAAGAAUACAAAGUGGUCUAUUGGUGUUUUUAAUGAAUGGAGAAUCGCAAGAUCUAAACAUGGCGAUAGUAUUGCUGACAUAUAUAUGCUCGAAGCUGCCGAAAUGAACCACUGGCUACAACGUUUCGUGAUUGAAGUGCGUAAUAAGAAAGGCGAGGAAUAUCCCCCCAAGUCACUCUAUAGCAUAAUAUGUGGAUUAUUGCGCUAUUGCAAGGACAUGAACGUGAAUGAUAAGAACUUUCUUGACGAAAAAGACUUGAGAUUUGUUACUUUCAGACGCGUCCUUGAUUCUCGGAUGAAAGAAUUGUUAUCAAAAGGGUUCGGAACAAAAGUUAAAAGAGCUGAUCCUCUCAGUCUACAAGAUGAAGAAAAUUUGUGGCAAAAGGGGGUUUUUGGAAUGACGAAUUCUGUAUCGCUCCAGCAUACUGCUUUUUUCUAUGCAUGCAAACUUUUUGGUUUGCGAGGACGAGAUGAACACCGUAAUCUAGACUGUUCCCAAUUUGAAAUUGGGACCGACCAAACUGGAAAGUAUGUGCGCUUCAUAGGGAGGAGUACAAAAACUUUCAAAGGAGGUUUAUCCCAUCUUAGUCUGGAUAACAAGGAUAUCAAACAUUACUCCGAAGAAGGUCCUCGAUGCAUUGCUACACAUUUUCAGAAAUAUUUAGAGGCGCUCGGUAAUGAUGGCAUCUUUUACCGUAAACCACUCGAGGGAAAUUCUGAGCAAACUAUUAGAUAUGGAAAGCAGGCUGUUGGCAUUAACAAAUUGGACCUUUUCAUGAAGGAAAUUUGUCAGAAAGGUGGUAUUCAGGGCAACUUUUCAAAUCAUUCAGGCAAGCGUACAUGUGCGACUCAACUAUACCAAGCAGGGAUCGAGGAACAGGAGAUAAUGGGUAGAACGGGGCACAGAUCAAAUGCUGUCCGAACCUACAAAACUUCAAAUGAAACAAUACAGAAAAAGGUUUCAAAUGUGCUUAAUCCUCCUCGAGAUGCCACUGAAACUGCAGAAGUAUCCUUUUUCGAGGAAAAUUCUAGUGAUGAACCGACUACUGAAAAUACGAGUGUGUUAGCCACACCACCGAUGAAACGUCAACGGACCACACCAGAAAUGCUUAAAGACGUUACAAAUACUAAAGGGGUUGUUCAAUUUUCAAAUUGCAACUUCAACUUUCACUAACUAAACUCUGCAUUUGAACAAAAUUUCAUUUCAAUAUGUAAUGAUCAAUUUUAGGUUUAUGUUUCAAAAGUACAAAGAAAAUUUGUAAAAAAAAAUCGAUUCUAUUUUGAAAAAAUUAAUGCGUAGUCGUUUCAUUUUUUUGG